AUGCAUCCUGCCUCACCGCACCAGCAUCGCACGCGCCUCAACAUAAACGCACCUGGAACAGGCACCGGACAAACGCAAACCACGCCGGAUACCCUGAGCCCGCAGCAGCAGCAUCAUCAACACCAUCAUCAUGGACAGCAGCAGCAGCAGCACACGGUGCAGAUCAGCUCCACCACACAUCCCUACCAGGGACUAAAAACCUCUGAGAACGAUGAGAUGGGCUGUGUGGAACUGCUGGCCACAGCCAUAUCGGUGCUGAUCAUGAUUCUGACGUUUCCCUUCUCGGUGUUCAUCUGCUUCAAGGUGGUCUCCGAGUACGAGCGUGCGGUCAUCUUUCGCAUGGGCCGGCUGCGCAGCGGUGGAGCCCGUGGUCCGGGCGUCUUCUUUGUGCUGCCCUGCGUGGACGACUAUUAUCCGGUGGAUCUACGCACCGUCUCGUUCGAUGUGCCGCCACAGGAGGUGCUGUCCAAGGACUCGGUGACUGUCACUGUCGAUGCGGUCGUCUAUUAUCGCAUCAGUGAUCCACUCAAGGCUGUCAUUCAGGUAUCCAACUAUAGUCACUCCACACGCCUGCUGGCUGCCACGACGCUGCGCAAUGUGCUCGGCACACGGAACCUCUCCGAGCUGCUCACCGAACGCGAGACCAUUUCGCAUACCAUGCAAAUGUCCCUGGACGAGGCCACCGAUCCCUGGGGCGUCAAGGUGGAACGUGUCGAAAUAAAGGACGUUUCGCUGCCCACCGCGCUACAAAGGGCGAUGGCCGCCGAGGCGGAGGCUGCGCGGGAGGCGCGUGCCAAAGUGAUUGCCGCCGAGGGCGAGAUGAAGUCCUCGCGUGCACUCAAGGAAGCUUCAGAGAUCAUAUCAGCCAGUCCGUCGGCAUUGCAGCUGCGGUAUCUGCAGACGCUGAGCAGCAUCUCGGCGGAAAAGAAUUCGACAAUUAUUUUCCCUUUGCCAAUGGAGCUGCUGACGCCAUUUCUGAACUCUUCCAACCAACUGGCGGCCAAUGCCCAUGCGCAGCUCCAUAGGCACCAGCACCAGCAUCAUCAGUGACGCUCGAUGUCGGUGCUGCAGCCGUACCUGGAGGCACUGGGUCGCUGCGAGCUGCGCCGGCAAAUCGCUGGAGACAA